ACCCUCCUCUGUCUCGUUGACCUCUAAUGUGAAUAUUCCUCAUCAUAUGCCAUUCCAUUCAUUAACAGUUAAUAGUACUUAUUAUCAUAGAGAUUAGAGAGUGCAUUGGAAUAAUAAAUAGGCGACCCUGGAUCACGGGUUUUGAGCAAAACAAAAUGGGUGUUGUGGAGGGUCUCUUUGCAUUGGCUUUGGUUCUGAGUGUUUGCGUGGUUUGCAAUGGAGGCUCAAGCAGCCCCUUCAUUAGGAAAGUUGAGAAGACAGUGGAUAUGCCACUUGACAGCGAUGUCUUUGCUGUUCCUCCUGGUUAUAAUGCUCCCCAGCAGGUUCAUAUAACGCAAGGUGACCUUGUGGGGAAAGCAGUGAUCGUGUCAUGGGUGACAGUGGAUGAACCGGGGUCGAGCGAAGUGCAUUACUGGAGUGAGAACAGUGACAAGAAGAAGAUUGCCGAAGGAAAACUUGUUACUUAUAGGUUCUUCAAUUACUCAUCUGGGUUUAUACACCACACCACCAUCAGAAAUUUGGAGUACAAAACCAAAUACUACUAUGAGGUUGGACUUGGGAACACAACACGGCAAUUUUGGUUUGUGACUCCUCCUGAAAUUGGUCCUGAUGUGCCAUACACAUUUGGUCUCAUAGGGGAUCUUGGUCAGAGUUUUGAUUCAAAUAAGACUCUUUCUCACUAUGAAUUGAACCCAAGAAAAGGACAAACUGUACUGUUUGUUGGAGACCUCUCUUAUGCGGAUAACUACCCAAAUCAUGAUAACGUUAGGUGGGAUUCUUGGGGAAGGUUUACAGAAAGGAGUGUUGCUUAUCAACCAUGGAUAUGGACUGCAGGAAACCAUGAAAUUGAUUUUGCCCCAGAAAUUGGUGAAACCGUACCUUUCAAACCUUAUACCCACCGUUACCAUGUUCCUUAUAAAGCAUCUCAAAGUACUUCACCCUUCUGGUAUUCUAUCAAGAGAGCUUCAGCACACAUCAUUGUUUUGGCCUCAUAUUCAGCAUAUGGAAAAUAUACACCACAAUAUAAAUGGCUUGAAGAGGAGCUACCGAAAGUUAACAGGACAGAGACUCCUUGGUUGAUUGUUCUGAUGCAUUCACCUUGGUAUAAUAGCUACAAUUAUCACUAUAUGGAAGGGGAAACAAUGAGAGUAAUGUAUGAGCCCUGGUUUGUGCAGUACAAGGUUGAUGUUGUUUUUGCUGGUCAUGUUCAUGCCUAUGAACGAUCUGAGCGUGUUUCCAAUGUUGCAUACAAUAUUGUAAAUGGUCUUUGUGCUCCUGUAAAAGAUCAAUCAGCUCCUGUAUAUAUAACCAUUGGUGAUGGAGGAAACCUUGAAGGUUUAGCAACCAACAUGACAGAACCACAGCCAGAGUAUUCUUCAUUCCGAGAGGCCAGCUUUGGACAUGCCAUUUUUGACAUAACGAACCGAACUCAUGCUCACUACAGCUGGCACCGAAAUCAAGACGGAGUUGCUUUCGAGGCUGAUUCCGUUUGGUUUUUCAACAGAUACUGGCACCCAGUUGAUGAUUCCACGGCUCAUGUUUCACAUUAACACAAAGAUUCACUGGUCUUAUGAGAAGAAAGACCAAAUGUGAUGCCAAUAAAUUCAUGAGUCGGCAAUUGAUUGUAUGCCAAUACCACCAACAUUGAUUUUAGCAGUGUCUUUGUAUCUUUCACAUUUGAUAAAUGCAAAUUGCUUGCUUAUAUUCUAAAACAC